GCGGGCCAUGUGGGGGCCCGGGGUCACAGCCGAGGGCCUGUCGGUGGCGCCCGCACCGCCGCCGCUGCUGCCGCUACUGCUACUGCUGACGCUGGCGCUCGUGGCGCCCUCGCGGGGCGGCGGGGGCUGCGCGGACCUGGCGUGUGGCGAGCGGGAGCGCUGCUGCGACGCGGCCAACGCCACAGCGGUGCGCUGCUGCAAGCUGCCGCUGCACGCCUUCCUCGACAACGUGGGCUGGUUCGUCCGCAAGCUCUCGGGGCUGCUUAUCCUGCUAGUGCUCUUCGCCAUCGGCUACUUCCUGCAGCGCAUCAUCUGCCCCAGCCCACGCAGGUACCCGCGCGGUCAGGCGCGGCCCGGGCAAGCACGGCCCGGGCCGCCGGGGGGCGCGGGGCCGCCGGGGGCCGCGGGGCCGCCCGACGACGACGACGACUCGCCCGCGCUAAUGCGCGACGAGGCGGCUGCAGGCUCCCAGGACUCACUGCUGGACAGUGGAGGCGGGGGCCGGGGAGGCGGAGGGCGCUCGGCCCCCUCCUGCGCCUCCGAGCACGAGCUUCGCGUAGUCUCGCCGGUCUUCCUGCAGCUGCCCAGCUACGAGGAGGUCAAGUACCUGCCCACCUACGAGGAGUCCAUGCGGCUGCAGCAGCUCAGCCCCGGGGAGGUCGUGCUGCCCGUGUCGGUGCUUGGCCGCCCACGAGGCGGCGGCGCCGGGGAGUCAGACGGCGGGGAGGGCCGCUUCCCGCUCAUCUGAGCGUCUACGGCCGCUCGAGGACCGCGCGGACAGAACGGGGCUAGGUGGGCUGCGGGUGGGACGCAACGGCCGAGGUGGUACCUGCCACCGCCAACUGCCUCAGACCCCGCCUGGUACCUGGGCCGAAUCGCCAGUCGCUCGGCGACUGGGCUGGAGUCACUCCCGUUUCCCCCCCGCCCCCGCCCCGUUCCUCCCCCCCCCCCCCCCCCCCGAGAUCUUAAGUUUCCCUACGUUUCAUUCGGUUCAAGGAAACGUUAGGCGCGCGCGGCGGGGGCCACAGCAGCGGACAACCCAGGAGCGCAACUUCGAAGACCGUCCCUACCCUCAGCCUCUGCUCAGACUGUGUUCACUCGAAUGACUCUGGAACCAUGUGAAGAGCUGCAGGACUCGAUCAUCACUUGGACGGUGCCCUGUGAACAGCUCUCAACUGACUAACAAAUAGCCGCUCGGCUGAUAGACGGCAGUUUCAUCAUGAACACACAACAUUCUGUUUGGAAGGCCACCACCCUGACUAAAAAAGAUGCAAAUGCUCAGAGUACUAUAAAAGAAGUGGAGCAGAAGAUAUUGCACAGAUUUGGACCACUGAAUCACAUUUCUUCAGACUAAGGAACACACUUUACAGUCCAUCAUAUCCAACAAUAGGCAGAGAGAUAUAGUAGUCCGCCUUUAUCCGCAGGGGUAUGUUCUGAGACCCUCAAUGCAUACCUGAAAGUGUGUGGUCCCUGGGCCAAGGCUGCAACUAUAUUGCUGGAAGCAGGAAUGAUUCCUAAGCAACAAAUUGUUUAAAAAUAUUUAUAUCAGAAUUCCCAAGGGCCUGAUGGGUGAGCUGUGCUUUCACUCUAUCUGGCAACAUUGGGGCUAAUGAAUCCAGUUAUAUUGCCUAUUGGUAGAAAUAGCCCACUAGUCCUGUACCUGUAUAACCCUACCCUCUAUGAAUGGGAGUAGACUGUGGGGUAGGCCUUUGCUAGACUUGUAUUGUUGUCUGCAAGCUAGACCAGCAAAGUGGCUGAACCUAAGGUCCCUUCCAAAGGUGAAAAGGUUUGGGUAUAAAUGGAGAGGAGGAAUAGUGGCGAAGAAUAAAGGUAUGAAUAAAUGUGU